CAUUCAUGAUUCAUCAAACAUCAUCAGAAUCUAGUUCCAAAUAUUCACUUCCACUUCCUCCCCCCAAUGGAGUUCAAUCUUUUUCACAUUUUCGCACUUUUUUCCGUGGCACUUGUAGUAGGGGCUCAUGCAGUGACUCCUGAUGUUUACUGGAAAUCUGUUUUGCCAAACAGUCCUAUGCCAAAAGCAGUCUCUGAUCUUUUACCAGAGUGGGACGAUGAGAAAAAUACUGCGGUGGGAGUUGGAAAAGGCGGUGUAGCAGUGAACACUGGAAAACCAGGGAAGGGAACAUAUGUAGGUGUUCAUAAAGGCGGUGUGGCUGUUAACACUAAAUCACCAGGAAAAGGAACUAGCGUGGGCGUUGGAAAAGGAGGCGUCGGUGUGCAUACUGGAAAACCAGGAAAACGGACAGAUGUUGGUGUUGGCAAAGGCGGUGUGGCAGUGCACACUGGUCGCAAAGGGAAGCCCGUUUAUGUAGGAGUACAUAAAGGAUACAGUCCAUUCGCUUAUGUAUAUGCUGCAUCCGAGGAUCAGCUAAAAGAUGAUCCAAAUGUCGCUUUGUUUUUCUUGGAAAACGAUUUGCAUCAAGGCGCGGAAAUGAAUCUACAUUUCACCAAAAAUGAGAACCAAAAAGCAACAUUUUUACCUAAAAAAGUGGCUGAUUCGAUACCCUUUUCAUCAAACAAACUUCCCCAAAUUUACAAUGAGUUCUCUGUUGAACCAGAAUCAACAGAAGCUGAAAUUAUGAAGCAAACGCUUAACGAAUGUGAGAACAAAGGCAUUGAAGGUGAAGAAAAAUAUUGUGCGACUUCAUUAGAAUCCAUGGUCGAUUUUAGUACUAUGAAACUAGGUAAAAAGGUAAAAGCAAUUUCUACUGAGGUAAAUUCUAAAGUAAACACCCCGUUACAGAAGUACAAAAUCCAGGUAGCUAAAAAACUGGCUGCAAAAAAGGCUGUGGUUUGCCACAAGCAAAACUACGCCUACGCUGUAUUUUACUGCCAUAAGACUGUCAGUACUCGUGCAUAUGCGGUUUCUAUGGUGGGUACCGACGGUACUAAAGUGAAAGCGGUUGCAGUUUGCCAUACAGACACUGCAAAAUGGAACCCGAAACAUUUGGCCUUCCAAGUACUUAAAGUGAAACCAGGAAGUGUUCCAAUUUGCCAUUUCUUACCCGAAGAUCACGUUGUUUGGGUUCCAUACUAAUAAAGUCAGCAAGAAAACACAUAAUACCGAGUGUGAGCGAGUAUGUGCAUGUGUAUUUUCAAGUAUAUCUAUAAAGGACGAGUAAUAGACUAUUUGUUAAGGUAAGUUUGGUUUAUCAUCAGUAUCUGUAAAGCGACGAAAUAAGUAUCGGUUUACUGAGUAUUUGUCUAUUUGAGACAUAUAAACCAUGUUAUACAACUUUGUUUAUGCUCUUUUGUUAGGAUGAAAUGUAUUGCAUCUCAAAUUUAUAUAUGAAUACUCGUGUGAUUGAUCA